UGCAAUGGCUGACAUGAAAACAAACCUCGACUUUGUACUCUGACAUAACUCGUAUUUUUUACUCAAAAUGUUUACUGCAUUAUUCAAAGACCUCCGAUCGUUUGCCGUCAGUAACAUAGCAUAUUUUCAUAAUGGAAAAAGCAGUACACAAGCAAAAUUUCACGCGGCAUUUUGUUUAUUACAAGAACACAUAGAUCGUGGUAUCCAACCAACAGUGGAAUUGAUAGCUCCGCGUUUGGCAGAAUACGAUCUUUCACCUGACGUCCAGGCCAAUGGAUUCCGCAGCAUCAUCAAAAUCAUUCAUAAAUGUUGUCUCCACAUCCUACAGCUGGUCCGCCAUAUCCACGUUAACCGUGAAUCCAUGUUUUUCCGGUCGGCCCAUUACAGUUCCGAGUUGGAGGCCUAUGUGGAGACGCUGGGACAACUCCGUGCCUGUCUAGAGCACGCGUAUAAACUCAUGGACUUCUGUAAGAACGGGAGUCUGUUCGCGGACGAGGAGAUGAUAGAUGACGCCAUAGCAGAGGAGCUUACACAGCAAGUGGAGAAACUCAGUCAGGAAUGUUUUUAUGGCAGGACCAUGGGUUUCCAGUUUUGCAGUUCUAUGCAGAAACCUCUGAACACGGUUGGAGUGACGAUGGCUUCCUUCAGUGAAAAUUACCUGGACAAUAGGUCGCAGCUCAUGCAGCUUGCGGGCACUGUGCUAAGUAGUGGAAAAUACCUCCUCAAUCCAGAGCUCCGUGCAAGACAGAUAUGUGCAGUGACUAGGAUGGCGGACGUAAGGUUUUGCAAGGCAUUCUGGUCCAUCACAGAAUCCGGUAUCAUGCAACAGCUGCCAACAUUCGUUUGUCCGUCGGUGCAAGUGAACGAGGUGCUGGUUCUGCAGCCAGAAACGUUUGAAAUAGAGGCUGCGGACAGCAAGGAAACUGUGACAAUCACGCCUCCCUGUGCCCACACUGGUCACGGUCCAGUGAAUACCCGUCUAUUCUCCAGCGAGUACAGAGUCGGUCAGCCAAGGAAGUCGACAAAACCACUCCCGAAAAAGACAACGCCACUGCCCCUGUCUCCUUGUCUUCUGAUCCACUGUCACGGCGGGGGAUUUGUGGCCCAGUCGUCAAAAUCACACGAGGUGUAUCUGAGACAAUGGGCGAAGGAUCUGAAUGUGCCGAUCCUGUCAAUCGACUACUCCCUCUCUCCAGAAUCCCCCUUCCCUCGUGCUUUGGAGGAGUGCUUCUAUGCUUACGCCUGGGCUGUCAAAAAUUGCCGCAGUCUUGGCUCGACAGGGGAGGUUAUAUGUCUCGCAGGCGACAGUGCCGGAGGGAACCUUAUGAUCUCCACAGCGAUGAGAGCAGCCUCAUUUGGGAUCCGAGUCCCGGACGGGAUUGUGGCCGCGUACACCCCAGUUCUGGUUCAUUAUACACCCUCGCCUUCCCGUAUGCUGUCCCUGAUGGACCCGCUCCUUCCUGUUGGUAUUCUAGUCCGCUGCAUGGCAGCAUAUGCAGGUAUCCCCAAUGACUUCCUUGACCAGAGGCGUAGCAGUCGGGAGAUAGAGGAGGAGUUUGUUGUUAUAGAAACGAUGGACUGUGAAGAGGACAGCCCCUCCAGUGACUCGUACAUCCAGGACGAUAGCUCAUCUGUUGACAUUCUCAACAGAGUUACCUCCCUUGAAUCUCUGGACUCUGACUUGGGUUUUCCGGUGUCCUCAAAUAACCAGACUGUCAACUUAUCGGAUAGUGACUCUGCUGUGAUCGUUGUUGGCGGUGCUGGCGGUGACCAGAAACAGUCUGAUCGGGUUGCAGUAGAUAGAAAUGUUCUUGGCCAGUCUGAUGCUGGGGUCAGCGAAAUUACCUCCCCUGACGAGUUCAAAAGUGUGUGUCUGGACACAAGUGGGGGGAGCUCUCUAGCAACAUCCACACUGGGUGAUCUCCCUUUGGAUGAGAAGGGAGAUGACCCCAGUAAACAACUGUCCCAGCUAGAACUGGCAAACAGCCAACCCCCUUCUCAACGUUCAUGUCAGUCCCUACACCUGAGUCUGCCAAGCUCCCCAACAAAACGUAGAAACAAAAGUGACUUUCCUAUGAGUCCGAGCAUGCCAACGAUCGGUGUUUCUGACCGUCUAGGUCAAAAGAAAGGAUUCAGCCCAGUGUACGAAGCUCGCCACCACAUUGAGAGCCCCGUGCGUAUAUUCCGAAGUCUUCCAAUAGUAAAAAACCCCUACAUGUCGCCAAUGGUUGCCCCUGAUGAGAUGCUGGCGUCUCUACCUCCGCUUUAUCUUGUGGGCUGUCACCUUGAUCCCCUGUUGGAUGACUCGGUGAUGUUCGCCAAGAAGCUGAGGAGCUUAGGGAGGACUGUAGACCUCCACAUGGUUGACGAUCUUCCUCACGGAUUUCUCAACUUCAGUCUAGUCAGCGCCGAGGCCAAACUUGGUUCCGAUGUCCUGGUCGACAAGAUCCGCAAUGUGUUUCACUCUUCACUCAAAGAUGAUCAAAAUGAGACAGAGUCUUGAAAGAUUUCAUUAACAGCAGAAUUUUAUCUUCCUGUCUAAUUAUGCUUCCUAUUUUUGACAUGUUUAUCAGCAUUUAUUAGAAACGCAAAAAAAUGCUUACCCUGCGCAUAACAGGUUUGAGGCUAUUUUUUCAGAGACCUCCUACCUGAUGAUUAAAAUGCAUUCCAGGCUAUUAGAAACCAUUGUUAUACUUUUGGAUUAGGCUUAUUUUAUAUAUAUUUUGUUCUGAUAUACCCUCCCCCACAAUUUCCUGUGCAAUUAAUUACCUGUACAUAAUCACCCUCACAACAUUUUGUCUCAGAUCUGUGUUACUGCAUUGUAUAACAAGAUAUAAGUUUCAGUCACAAUUUAUUCAAUUUAAUUUAUUUACAUGCAUGUAAUAUAUUUAAAAUCUUGUACAAUUUUAUAAGGAUAAAUACUUUCUAUAACAGUUUGAAAAGUGUAUGUGGUGGUUUUUUUGUGUAAUUUCGUGAAAAAAAUGAUGUUUAUUAUAUUAUAUCUCUCAAAAUAAUCAAAACUUCAAUGAAUGAGGUUCCAUUUUAUACAAUUUGAAUAUUUUCUUUACUAGCAGUGUGCAUGCAAUGUUAGUAUGACACACAAAAUUGUGUGAUUUAAAAGUUUUUCAAUAUACAUACACCGUAUAUGUAAUAGUAAUUAAUGCUGAUAUGUUUAUUUAAAUAGAUUUUAACACAAUUUGCAAUUUUUUGGGGAAUCAACUUUUAAAAAAAAAUCAAUAUUCUUAUGAAAAUAUCAUCACCUUUUUAAAGCAGGACUGUGUUAAUUUAUUCGUGAAAGUGUUGUGUUAUUUUGUGUAUAUAAGGCAAAUAUUUUAAAAUAGUGGUCUUGUGAUCCUUUGAUUAUCACGUGACUGCAGAGCAGGACACUUGGAUGAACCAAACGGCUAGGUAUAGAUACAGAAAAUGUCCAGUGCCUAUUUGGCCGUAGUUACCACACAAUAAAUUUCAUUCCGAAGCAUAUUCUUGACAUAUAUGUACAGACUUUUAAUAAAGAAAUGUUGGGACUGUACAGAAAAAUAGUUCUAAGAAUGUUGCAUCAAAGAUUAACGUUAAUUUAAAACAAUGUAAUCAAAUGGCAUAUUGUACGUCCUAUUCUAUUUAUAUAGAU